GAAAAGGUUUCAUUUCGAACGUCACUUUCCGGAAUUAACGCUUCUUCACCGGUAUUUAUUGUUCACACUUAUGCUUCCGGUUUGGCCCACAGAGAAAUGUCACAGUCACUGUCAGUCGUCACUGUCGUGUCUGUUGAAUUGAGAGAGAAUUGAAAGCCAUGUGCAAAGAAUCAGAACUAUGUGUUUUUUCUGGAUAUUAAAAUAUUCUGUGAAAUGGCAGGUGACAUCUUUGAACAAGAACUGCUUUCAAAGGUAUUCCACUGCAGCAUCCCUGACACAUUAUGAUAUCUUGGGAGUGGGAAGACAAGCCAAUACUAAAGAAAUCAAACAAGCAUAUAUUUCUAUGAGUAAAAAAUUGCAUCCAGAUGCGAAUCCAGGUGAUGCACAAGCUCAGCAGAAAUUUAUCCGACUUCGAGAAGCAUACAACGUUUUAAGUGACCCCAAAGAAAGAACCAGUUAUGACGUUCAAAUGUACAAAGAUUUACAGUCAAGGGCCAAGGUCAACAAAAGUUAUACAACGACUCACAAUACAGAACACAUGUCUGAACAGGAAGUCAUACAGAGGUACUAUAAACAGCACCAGGAGAUGUACGAAGACUGGAUCAAGAAAAGUCGAAACCAGUCCGGUCCUAACGCACAUCAACAGCAGAAUCAGAACCACAAUAGUCACAGAGACGACUCCAGACAAUGGGGAGGAUUCAAUCCACAGGACGACCCCAGGCAAUGGGCGGGGCAAGGAGGGUUCAAUCCUCAUGAAGAAAUAAAGGCCAGAGCUUUCUACUUCAUGAAUAAAUUAACAGUGGCGGACUUGUUCCUUAUUACUGCUCUAGGGAAAGUGGCUGGCCUGUUCAUACUUGUGUACUUUUUAUAUAUUCAUUACAGAAAGUUCUAAACAGUUUUCUUUGUUUGCUUUUUUUCAGGAGAGGGGGGCUUUUUUUAACAAUAAAUAUUAUGUUCAUGAAUAAUUAAGGGUAAAUGCUGAUAUUUUUGGGGAAAAUGUUGGAUGUCUAAAAGAAAUUUAAAAUUAAGUGACCUCUUGGAAAGGUGAUUGCACUUAUAUUUUAAAUUCAUACUUAAGUUUGUUUUUCUUGUGCAAGAAUUAUUUCAAUCUGUUUUACUUUCUUUAGGACAGAGUACAAAAUUGUUGUUUGACACAGAUAUGCCUUUGAUUGUGUCAGAGAGGUACAUUACUCUGCAUUUUGUUGUUGAGUGUUAUUUGCAUGAAAAUUUCAGUUGUUAACUGUGAUACGUAAAAUUUGUUUUAAGUUUUGAAGAAAUAAAAAAAAGUCAUUGUUCUAAA